AUGUUGUACGUCGUGGCGCCCGGGAAGCUUGUUCUAACCUUGCAAUCGAUACCGCCGUUCGUCGUCGAGAGUAUUUUCGCUUUGACGCUGGCUGUGCUGUUGGCCGUCCCGCUGAUCCUUCGCGUUCAGCACACUCUAGAUAGUUCGACGAAACUGACGAGUGCGAGGGCCAGGGAGAACGGAGGACAGGCAAACAACCUCUGCGAGCCAGGAGAGAACGAGGAUGCCAUGGUGACGACGCAUUAUCCGGCCUCGACGUUCGACUCGACCUCGAGCUCCAGCGUGGAUCUUCAUCUGGGCUCGGCGCGAAGGACGAUAUCCACGCCGACAGUUUUGCAAGCCAGCGGCGACAAUAACGUGAGAACGGGACAGCAGGACACCGUGAAGACUCGAACGUUCGACGAGUUGACGAUCGAGACGAGCAAGAGGAACGACCUGAUGUUGAAACAAUCCUCCUCGUUCGUCGCCACGAACUCCGAGUUACCGAUCGUCGACAUAUCGGCGUUCGACUACGACGCGUACCGAUUCAAGCUGGUGGAAGCUGCUCUGAGGAGACAGUACGAUGAUUAUCAACCACCGGGGGACGUGGUGUUCAAUUCCAUUCAUUUGAACGACAACGACUCAACCGUCGCGGUGAGACUGAACGACAAAUACGAUCACAGCCUGUUCGACUUCGUGGAGGAGUACUACGACGCGACGAAGGCCAUGAGCAAGAAGGAGACCGAGUAUCUGCACCCGUUGGAUCACUUUUUGAUAAAGGGCACGCAGAAGCCGGAAACCGCGGAGAGGCAGACGGAAAUGGAGAAGCGCGUGGACGUGGACGAAAGAUCGCCGAGGAUCUCGUUUCACGAUGACACUGCCGUGGCCUCGCCGUACAAGAGACGAGGUAUGUCGUGCAAGGUAGAAUCGUUGGGAACGAUAAGUAAAGUGGAUGAGACGACGCGGGGGCAGAUUCAAAUCGAGUCGAGUAAUCUGCGAUUAUUCGCGCGAAUUGUAGAUCCGAUCGCGGGAAGGAAUUUAAAGUCGCCGAGGCCGAGACGACCAUCGAGCACGGGCACCGAUUCCACAGCGUCAAAAAGAUUCACGCAGCGACGAUCCUCGGCGAAGAAGAGAUCCUCGAAGGCGAACUCCAGCACGGAUUCCGUCAGCUCAAAGCAAGACACGCCCUCGGGCUCGCAGAGACGCGAGGACAGACGAGGAGAGACUCUGUCGUCGAUCGACGGGGCCGAGAGAGAAUCGACCAACUGCACGACGAUCAGCUCCGUCGACACGGAGAGCGUUCGCAGCGAGUCCAGCAAGGCCCGUGACGACAAUUCCGCCAGGUCUCGCGACUCUUCCGUUGCCUCGAGGCGGCGUACCGGAGAGAAGCCUGGAGUUUUGCCCUGGUUGACAGGGAAUCCGCGAACAUCGUUCAACAAGAAGUACGGGAGCCCUGGCAAAGCCUCGUCGAACAUGCACAAAGCGUCGAGGAGAAGGAAACCUAGCUUCCUGGGCAAACAACGAACCAGCAAACAGUCGUCAAUCCGUCGGAACUUGAACAUCGUCGAUCAGACGAGCGUGGAUUUGAGCGGGUUUAGCAGGAGCAGCGACAAGGUUGACGUUGAAAAUGGUUUGAAAUUCAACGAUGGCAAAUUGGAUGACCAAACGGGGAAAGCGGAGGAUGUAUCGAAGGAUGCUCUUGGUGUGCUAAAUAUAAAUAGAACGGGGAAGCUGGAAGCGAUCAAGAGCGAGACUGAAGAGUUAACAGACACUUUGAAUUCAAAUCCUGCUGUUAACUCGUCCGCUGGAAGACACGUGUCUAAUCAGAAUAUCCCUGAUAAGUCAGACGAUCGUGUUUGCAAGCUGGAAGCGAUCAAAAGUGAAACUGAAUGGUCGCCAGAGACCACGGUUAACUUCACCGAUAAAAGAAACGAUUCAUCGAGACGCGUUUCCAACGAGCAAUGUUCGCACGAUGCGAACCAUCCGAGUGUCCGAGUGCCCGAAACGAUCGAUUCCUCGACAGAGAUCGCUGGUGCGCCAAGGUUAGCGCGGACUGGGUCGGCGACGAACGAGAGGAAGGAGCAACGUUCGAGGAAGUUGUCGGCGAAACUCGAGGAAGUUGCAGGCGACGGGAAACAAGGUUCGCCGGCUGUCAAGCCCAUGUCGUCGAAACAGCCAGCGAGACUCGAACUUUCCGCCGACACGUCGCUUUUCGGCCAACAGCCUCGCAAAAAUCUCGCGAAUCUCGACAGAUAUAAAAGGUACAAAAACAGUGAGAGACUUCCUGUGGGAGGAGGGGAGGAGAACAAGUCGAGCAAGGAGAACGAGAACAAAGUCGGAGCGUUCGACUCUGAGAACGUUAAGAAUCGGCGAGCGAAGGCAGAGAGGAGUCGUCGCGCGAGCGGUCGAAACACGACGACCGAAUCUGUGUUGCUCGGAGGCAAGCGAGGAGAGGAGAAGACAGGAAGAGUCGACGUUAAUCGGAGAGGAGGCUGGGAUUUCGGAUCAACGAGCACCGCUGGAAGCAACCUUUCCAACGCCGCCGCGUCGAAACGCUCGCAACAAAGAACGACGACGACGACCGACUCAACGAGGGUGAACGCCGGUUUACGCGAUAAUGUGAUUGGCGCUCGAUCGAUGGGAAUCAGGCCGAGAAAGCCGGCGACGACGAGCGAGAGGAAGCGUUCGAGGGGUGGAAGACCGGAGAAAAGCGAGACGAGGGAGAGCAACAUCGAGGACGACGGCUUGAAGCUGCCUCGCCGCGACUCGAAGGCCGGCAUAGCGAUGCAGGUCGGAUUAAAGAAGUAUAUCAAGAGGUUGAAACGAGUGCUGUCGGAUCGCGACAACACGGAUAUAGGGCAGUUGGCCUCUUUGAGCCUCACCGACGCCAUUCUGCCGGACCUCGAGUCCACUUUGUCGUCCGUCGAGGUGCAAGAAGUGCAGGAUCUGUUGGACAUGGCGGAGAAAAAGUCGGAGCUGACGACGAAGAAUCUGUCCGCGUUCGAGAAAAAGGCUUUCUGA